AUGUCUACUGCAUCCACAAGCGUGUCGGCGAAGUCUGUUCAAGAUGAGAUUCUUGACCUAGCCAACGUACUUGAAGACAGCCAAAAACGCCUGCGUCAAUUAGUCUUGCGUGUAGAGUCACAGGAUGCGGAGACCUGGCAGAGCCGGUUCGAGGACAUGGAGAAGGCCCACAAGGAGGCCGUCAACAGCGCGAAGUGGCUUCGGGCUCAGAAUGCUGAGCUCGAGCAACAGCUUGGACAGCAUAAGCCUGCCAUUGACAAUGCUCUCUCUGCGAGAGAAGCAGCGUUUCGACGGUUGAAGCACGCAAGAAAGGUCAUCCGGGAUCUUCUCGACGAGAGGCGCGACAUGUCGAGCCCAAGGGCUGGAGGCUCGCUCACACAAGAGGAAAUUGACGAAGCUCUUUAUGAUGAGUUUCACCGUGACCAAGACUCGAGCUCGUCGUCGAGUGACAGCGACAAUACUGUUCGGCUCGCACCUCAUUCCCCAUCGCGUGACAUCAACACGCCUGAACCGUCCCAACGAAGUUUCCCUGUCUCCCCCUCACAGAAUGUCCCUAUGAACACACCCCUCCCUUCCGGCUCCGCAGGCACGUCCAUUACGUCGAUUCAGCUCUCUCCCCAACGGCCUAGUCCAAGGGGAUCACCCGAAGCGAUGCAUAUUCAUUUCAAGAAGCCUCCUGGUAGUUCUGUACUUUGCGCAGGUCCACUUUCUUGGGAAGAGCUUGAGAGUUCAUUGAAGCUCGACGAGGAUACGAUGAAUUCACUUCAGAGUCUUUCGCUGUCCAAGGACUUGAGCAUGCGGCUUCAGCUUGUCCGAGCUGGUGAAUAUAACUUCGCGUUCUUGUACGACCCCAUCUUCCUGGACACUAGGCAGAGAAGCUACAUUCUUGACUGGGGGCGGGCGCAGACGAACACGAACAUUGAGCGAUAUAUUUCGAGGCACAAAGGAGUCGACCUGGUCUUCCACACUUUUAUAUACCCCCUGAACCAGAAGAGCUGGUUCUACAUCGGGGCGCUGCAGUGGUCCGUGGCGCAUUUGACGGACUGGUGGCCAACAUUUGAAGGAGCGAGCAGGAGAAAGAUAGAGAAGAAAUUGGGCGAGAGGACAUUGGGUACAGUCAACAGGCAAGAGAUCGGGAACAUGUUGGACAACAAGGAUCUGAAGCAGAUCUGCGUUGAGCUUACUCGAGCAGGGGAUGCAAGGACUUCCAUGGACUUUUCCCAGACGGUGCUUGGUCGUUCGCCACCGUACGCUGAGCCAAGACACGAGCGGCGGGCCGAGGGUGUUCGGGAGUAG